GUAAGUAAUACUUUUCAAAUAGUCCCAUAGAAUAUUCAUUUUUUCACUUUUGGUAGUAAAUUAAAAACAGUCGAAAAAAGACAAAUCGCAGAUGCCAAUAGUGCAUGCACAGAAGCAAAUGCUUUUAACAAGAACAGCAAUAACAUGAGCAUCACCUAUGAAAGCAAUGAACAUGCUAGUAUUGUAAGUAGCUUUGGCCAAGACUUUGGAGUUGGCUUUGAGAAGGUGGCUAAAAUAUAUAGUCCUGACGCAGAUGGAAACUGCGGAUACAGAGCCAUUAGUAUGGCAAUUUAUGGCAAUCAAAAUAGUUGGAAGGAGGUAAAGGAGCAGGUACUCAAAACAUAUCAGAAGUAUAAGGAUACACUAUAUGCAAAUCGAGUGGAGGAUAGUGACAUCUUUGAAAAAAGCUUGUCUUGUAACCUAUCGCCAUGCCCAAUCCAGUAUUGGUUCAACACCACUGGCUGUCCGCAGAUCGCUGCUGACGCUUUUGUUCGCAGUAUUGUCGUCUUUUCAAAGACUUCAUUUAAUGGCAAACCAUUUAAAACAAGCAACUUUUUUGCACCUCUUGCGUCUGAGCCAACUAACUACCCUGUCAUUAAUAUUUUACUGGAUCACAAUCAUUUCUAUUUGAUAGAAACUGCUCGAACAAAGAUUGGAAGGCCAGUAAAAUUCCCCAUCCCAGUUCUAAACCCAUAUCACAAAGCACUUGUCAAAAGAAAUUCAACUCUCUGCGCUAGAGAUUAUUCCAUUUAUAACUGCAACUGCAUAUAUUAACAAUUUUACAAUAAAUAGACACACUUGAUACUCUUA